AUGAACUUUGGAACAGGGUCAAACAAUCAUUGUGAACGUACAGUGUACGCGUUUGUGAAGAAGCAACCAGGCUUUGUUACAUGGAAGGAUGAGGAUGAUGCUGAGGAUGAGGAGGAUGAUGAGGAGGAGGAUGAUGAGGAUGAUGAGGAGGAUGAUGAUGAGGAUGAUGAUGAGGAUGAUGAUGAGGAGGAUGAUGAGGAGGAUGAUGAGGAGGAUGAUGAGGAGGAUGAUGAGGAGGAUGAUGAGGAGGAUGAUGAGGAGGAUGAUGAGGAGGAUGAUGAGGAGGAUGAUGAGGAGGAUGAUGAGGAGGAUGAUGAUGAGGAUGAUGAUGAGGAUGAUGAUGAGGAUGAUGAUGAGGAUGAUGAUGAGGAGGAGGAGGAGGAGGAGGAGGAUAGGGUGGUAGAAUUUAAACUUGAUAAAUGACUGAAAGGAGACUACCCUUUU